AUGUGGUCCGUACUCGUGAGCAAUAAGCAGGCGACGAAGCGCAAGAUCGACGAUGUCGGUGAAGAAGAUGUGUCAUGCAAGAAAGCUGCUCUCGAAGUAGAGCGGGUCGAAACCAACCGGAUCAAGGAAGCUUUUGAGACAUGGCAGUUGACGCAUCAAAGAGCUUUGAAGGCCGACAGACAAUAUGCUGUUGAUCUGCAACUCGCCUCCAACCUCAACUCAAGCGGUCAGCAUCCAGAGCUUGCGCGGGAGCACAAUACCAAGGCUAGGGUCUAUGGCAAGCCUCGACUACUCGCCCUGCCAGGGAUUGCGCGGAGCAACAUCAUCCGGCACAGUGUUGUGAAGAAGACCGGUAUACUGAUCGCAGCCAACGAUCCGGAAUCGGAUGCCGAGCCUUGCCUUAUGUCUCUAUGCCAGCAACUCCGUACUGAGGCGAGUCCGAUAUAUUACCGAGAGAACAACUUCGUCAUCUACAUCCGCAACUACGAUAUCGACUCCCUACUACCAUGGCUGAAGCGCGCCGACAGCUUCAGGGAUGGGGAUGGGACACGAUUCCACGUCAAUGGAGCCAUGGAGCUGGUCGGCGGGUAUACGAGGUGCAAUGGCAUUAUCACCAUCCACACAGACGGUCAGCCGCACUGGGCUAACCUCGUAGAGUGGCUACGGCUUGCCCAUGCCGGCGAAGUCAUUCCAUUGUGCGACAACUGCGAGGCUACCGGUUCUCAGAUAGAACAGGUCAAAGGCGCCUUUGACCACGUUAUGCAGGCCACGGCAAGCUGGGAAACAGUCGCAGAGGGUCUCAAGGGUGUAAGGCGCAUCCUAGGUGCAACCAAUCAAGGGUGGUGGGUGGAUCACACAUCAUCCACCCCGACUGACAUUCAGUCGGGCUUUGAUGUCGAAGAAGAAAUUAGGCCAGGGCUCCCAGUGGCGACGCAGACCAGCUUCGUGACUGCGCAGGAGCCCACCCGUAUUAUGCCAGAUCACGGCUUGGGUGACGUAGAAUACGAAUCGCCUGGACUUUCCGUGUCUGAGAUGGCGGACGACUUCGACUUCGUCGACCAUGCGAACGGCAUAUAUUGA